AUGGAGGUUCAUGUCCAGAGUCGGCCUCUGCCACCCACCAUUCCGGAGAAUGGGGCGGCCCCUGACCCUGAACCCCACACGGAGGUCAACGGUCAUCAUCAUGCCAACGGUGGGGAGGCAGAGCUGCCUGUCUCCAAGUCUCAGAGGAGACGAAGCGAUGUCAAAGUCUACAAGGAGUUCUGUGACUUCUACGCACGCUUGUAAGUCCCGGAGCCAUGAUACAUGCUACACACACUAGGGGAGGAAGUGUGUGUAACAGGAUUGAGUGGAUCCUUGGUGUGGAUCUCUGAAAUCACCUGUGUGAUCCAGUGAUAGCAUUACAGAUCUGUAUAACAUCUGAGUAGUAUAAAUUAUUUUAGGUUUAAACCCACUUAGUUGAUUUAUGGUUUAAGGUUAUCACAAUUGACUGUGGUUGACCUUAGUUUGUAAAAGCGUAUUGGAAAUGUUAAGAAUGUAAAGAAUUCUGGUAUUAGGAUGUGAAUAAUUCUGGUAUUACAGCAGUUUAAGGAACAGUUGGAUGAUCUGAAUUCUAUAAAGUGUUAUUUGACAUGAACACACAGUUGGCUGGUUUCAUGCUCCAGGUCAUGGUACCAUGGUAUGGUAGUAGACAGUGGCUCAGAGACCCUGGGCUAUUUUAAUGUUGGGGGAGUUUGUUAUGCAAAGUGAAAUAUGCCGGUAGGCAUGAGAACUAUGUGUCAGUGUAUGCGUGCGUGCAUUUGUGUGUGUGUGUGAAAGGAAGGGAUCUAGGGGAUGAGGGCAGGCUAAAUAUAUGUUAGCUUUUUUUAUGUUGUGCCCCUGUCAAUAGUGAGAAUGGGUGUUACUCAGAUAAUGUUGGCCAUUGGGGGUAAUGUUGUCAGCAUUAGAAGUAUUAUCAGUGAAAAACUUGAGUCAGUGAAUAUGUCUGGAAUGCUAAUCAUUAGCAAGCCUAUAAGGAAGUGAGGCUCACACAGUUUGAAGCUUUGACUUAUUCGGGGAGGCUAAGUCCGAUCCUUAGAUGCCUCAGAUACUCUAGCACAGACCAUAGUAUCUUUCAACCGAUGGGACAGAAUAGCCAUUAAUAAUCCAGUAUGGUUAAUAAAAACAGAAGCUCUGAUUUGUCAGCCUCUCUGACGUGUGAUGACAACCUGGUCAUUUUAUAAACAUGAGCACUAGAGACAACAGGGUGGGUCAUAAGAUCAAAACCCCGUGAAACAUUAUGAUACCGGUCUGUCUCCCUCCCUCUCUCUCUCCCUGUGACACAAACUCACUAAGUUAGUAUCAUGAAGUAUUUACCAAGCAGCUCAGCACCUCCUUUAAUAGUCGUUCUGUCUUCCUGUCUCUGGGGGGAAAUGCUUGAGGCUUUUGUCACUUCCUUCCAGCAAGGCCAGAACAGGGCUUCUGAGUCCUUCCUUCUGUCUGAUGUCACGCCAGGGUCCUGACAAUAUGGCGCCCAUACGUACACACAUUACAUCAGACAGUGUGAUGAUAGCUGUAGAAUAGCUUGACGGAACCUCUGCAUUGAUUCCACAUCUUGUGACAAUACAUUCUGUGUGCUCUGGAAUGUAGUGAGUUACUGUAGUGGUGAUCCUGCUGUAGGAUGUACAGCUGCUAUAUGAUGAGAUCGGAAGGAAGACAAAAGAGGGACGUAAUAUUGAGAGAAAGAAGGUGAGGUCUCUCUCUCUCUGAGGGGAGAGCAGUGCCAUAUACAGUGGGGGAAAAAAGUAUUUAGUCAGCCACCAAUUGUGCAAGUUCUCCCACUUAAAAAGAUGAGAGAGGCCUGUAAUUUUCAUCAUAGGUACACGUCAACUAUGACAGACAAAAUGAGAUAUUUUUUUCCAGAAAAUCACAUUGUAGGAUUUUUAAUGAAUUUAUUUGCAAAUUAUGGUGGAAAAUAAGUAUUUGGUCACCUACAAACAUGCUGUGACACUCUGGCUCCGGGACGUUUGUAUUUGAGCCAGGGUGUAUUUUGUUUUGUUGGGUUUUGGUUUGGUUAUGUUGGGUAUUUGGGUGUAUUUCUAUGUUUGCAUUUCUGUGGGGUUCAUUUCUAGGUUUGGUCAAUGACUCCCAAUCGGAGGUAACGAGUGUCAGCUGUCGGCUCGUUAUCUCUGAUUGGGAGCCAUAUUUAUCUGUAUGUUUUCCUUUGGGUGUUGUGGGUUUUUGUUCCGUUUCGGUCAGUGUACCGUGGACUUCAUUGAGUCGUCUUUUGUUUUGUAGUUCUAUAACGUUUAAUUAAUAAAGUCAUGUUUCUUGGACACGCUGCGCCUUGGUCAUACUUAGACGACAUAGACGAUCGUGACAGAAAAACCCACCAUCAUAGGACCAAGCAGCGUGUCAAGCGGCAACAGGACCCUGCUCCUAAGGAUUCAUGGACAUGGGGGGAGAUACUGGCUGGAAAGGGUCCUUGGGCACAACCGGGAGAAUAUCGCCGCCCUCGUGAAGAGCUGGAGGCAGCUAAAGCCGAGAGGAGGCGGUAUGAGGAGGCAGCACGGAGUCAAGGCUGGAAGCCCGUGGGUACUACCCAAAAAUUUCUUGGGGGGGGGCUUAAAGGGAGUGUGGCGAAGUCAGGUAGGAGACCUGCGCCUACUCCCUGGACUUACCGUGGAGAGCGAGAGUACGGGCAGACACCGUGUUACGCAGUAGAGCGCAUGGUGUCUCCUGUACGCAGGCAUAGCCCGGUUCGGUACAUUCCAGCUCCACGUAUCGGCCGGGUUAGAGUGAGCGUUGAGCCAGAUGUCAUGAAGCCGGCCCAACGCAUCCGGCUACCAGUGCGUCUUCUCGGGCCGGCGUACAUGGCACCAGCCUUACGCAUGGUGUUCCCGGUUCGCCCACAUAGGCCGGUGCGGGUUAUUCCACCUCCCCGUACUGGUCGGGCGACGGGGAGCAUCAACCCGGGUAAGGUUGGGCAGGCUCAGUGCUCAAGGGGGCCAGUAAGCCUGCACGGUCCGGUAUUUCCGGCGCCACCUCCCCGCUCCAGCCCAGUACCACCAGUGCCUACACCACGCACCAAGCCUCCUGUGUGUUCCCCGAGUCCUGUGCGUCCUGUUGCUGCUCUCCGUACUAGGCCUUAUGUGCGUCCCCAGGGUCCAGCAUGCCCUGUUCCUUCUCCCCGCACUAGGCUUUAUGUGCGUUCCCAGGGUCCAGCAUGCCCUGUUGCUUCUCCCCGCACUAGCCCUGAGAUGCGUGUCCUCAGCCCGGUACCUCCAGUUCCGGCACCACGCACCAGGCCUACGGUGCGCCUCAGACGGCCAGAGUCUGCCGUCUGCCCAACGGGGCCUGAACUGCCCGUCUGCCCAAAGGCGCUUGAACUGGCCGUCUGGACUGAGCCUGCAAAGCCGCCCGUCUGCCAUGAGCCUUCAGAGCCGUCCGCCAGACCGGAGCCGCUAGAGCCUUCCGCCAGACAGGAUCAGCCAGAGCCUUCCGCCAGCCAUGAGCAGCCAGAUCCGUCAGCCGGCCAUGAGCAGCCAGAUCCUUCAGCCAGCCAUGAGCAGCCAGAUCCGUCGGCCAGCCAUGAGCAGCCAGAUCCGUCGGCCAGCCAUGAGCAGCCAGAUCCGUCAGCCAGCCAUGAGCAGCCAGAUCCGUCAGCCAGCCAUGAGCAGCCAGAUCCUUCAGCCAGCCAUGAGCCGUCCAGCCAGGAUCCGCCAGAGCCGUCCAGCCAGGACCCGCCAGAGCCAGCCAGCCAGGAUCCGCCAUUGAGUCCGGUGCUGUCCCUUAGCCCGGUGCUGCCCCUUAUCCUGGUGCUGCCCCUUAGUCCGGUACUGCCCCUUAGUCCGGUGCUGCCCCUUAGUCCGGUGCUGCCCUUUAGUCCGGUGCCGCCCCUUAAUCCAGUGGGGUUUAGUUGGGGGGUGGUCAGGUGGAGGAGGCUACGGAAGCGGAUAGUGACUAAGGUGGGGUGGGGACCACGACCAGGGCCAGAACCGCCAUCGUGGACAGACGCCCACCCAGACCCUCCCCUAGACUGUAUGCUGGUGCGCCCGGAGUUCGCACCUUUAGGGGGGGGUACUGUGACACUCUGGCUCCGGGACGUUUGUAUUUGAGCCAGGGUGUAUUUUGUUUUGUUGGGUUUUGGUUUGGUUAUGUUGGGUAUUUGGGUGUAUUUCUAUGUUUGCAUUUCUGUGGGGUUCAUUUCUAGGUUUGGUCAAUGACUCCCAAUCGGAGGUAACGAGUGUCAGCUGUCGGCUCGUUAUCUCUGAUUGGGAGCCAUAUUUAUCUGUAUGUUUUCCUUUGGGUGUUGUGGGUUUUUGUUCCGUUUCGGUCAGUGUACCGUGGACUUCAUUGAGUCGUCUUUUGUUUUGUAGUUCUAUAACGUUUAAUUAAUAAAGUCAUGUUUCUUGGACACGCUGCGCCUUGGUCAUACUUAGACGACAUAGACGAUCGUGACACAUGCAAGAUUUCUGGCUCUCACAGACCUGUAACUUCUUCUUUAAGAGGCUCCUCUGUCCUCCACUCGUUACCUGUAUUAAUGGCACCUGUUUGAACUUGUUAUCAGUAUAAAAUACACCUGUCCACAACCUCAAACAGUCACACUCCAAACUCCACUAUGGCCAAGACCAAAGAGCUGUCAAAGGACACCAGAAACAAAAUUGUAGACCUGCACCAGGCUGGGAAGACUGAAUCUGCAAUAGGUAAGCAGCUUGGUUUGAAGAAAUCAACUGUGGGAGCAAUUAUUAGGAAAUGGAAGACAUACAAGACCACUGAUAAUCUCCCUCGAUCUGGGGCUCUACGCAAGAUCUCACCCUGUGGGGUCAAAAUGAUCACAAGAACGGUGAGCAAAAAUCCCAGAACCACACGGGGGGACCUAAUGAAUGACCUGCAGAGAGCUGGGACCAAAGUAACAAAGCCUACCAUCAGUAACACACUACGCUGCCAGGGACUCAAAUCCUGCAGUGCCAGACGUGUCCCCCUGCUUAAGCCAGUACAUGUCCAGGCCCGUCUGAAGUUUGCUAGAGUGCAUUUGGAUGAUCCAGAAGAGGAUUGGGAGAAUGUCAAAUGGUCAGAUGAAACCAAAAUAUAACUUUUUGGUAAAAACUCAACUCGUCGUGUUUGGAGGACAAAUAAUGCUGAGUUGCAUCCAAAGAACACCAUACCUACUGUGAAGCAUGGGGGUGGAAACAUCAUGCUUUGGGGCUGUUUUUCUGCAAAGGGACCAGGACGACUGAUCCGUGUAAAGGAAAGAAUGAAUGGGGCCAUGUAUCAUGAGAUUUUGAGUGAAAACCUCCUUCCAUCAGCAAGGGCAUUGAAGAUGAAACGUGGCUGGGUCUUUCAGCAUGACAAUGAUCCCAAACACACCGCCCGGGCAACGAAGGAGUGGCUUCGUAAGAAGCAUUUCAAGGUCCUGGAGUGGCCUAGCCAGUCUCCAGAUCUCAACCCCAUAGAAAAUCUUUGGCGGGAGUUGAAAGUCCGUAUUGCCCAGCGACAGCCCCAAAACAUCACUGCUCUAGAGGAGAUCUGCAUGGAGGAAUGGGCCAAAAUACCAGCAACAGUGUGUGAAAACCUUGUGAAGACUUACAGAAAACGUUUGACCUGUGUCAUUGCCAACAAAGGGUAUAUAACAAAGUAUUGAGAAACUUUUGUUAUUGACCAAAUACUUAUUUUCCACCAUAAUUUGCAAAUAAAUUCAUUAAAAAUCCUACAAUGUGAUUUUCUGGAUUUUUUUUUCUCAUUUUCUCUGUCAUAGUUGACGUGAUGAAAAUUACAGGCCUCUCUCAUAUUUUUAAGUGGGAGAACUUGCACAAUUGGUGGCUGACUAAAUACUUUUUUUCCCCACUGUACACUGAACAAAAAUAUAAAUGCAACAUGCAACAAUUUCAAAGAGUUACAGUUCAUAUAAGGAAAUCAGUCAAUUGAAAUAAAUGCAUUAGGCCCUAAUCUAUGGAUUUCACAUGACUGGGAAUACAGAUAUGCAUCUGUUGGUCACAGAUACCUUAAAAAAAGAAAAUGUAGGGGAGUGGAUCAGAAAACCAGUCAGUAUCUGGUGUGACCACCAGUUGCCUCAUGCAGCGCGACACAUCUCCUUUGCAUAGAGUUGAUCAGGCCCACUCCUCUUCAAUGGCUGUGUGAAGUUGCUGGAUAUUGGUGGGAACUGGAACACGCUGUCGUACACGUCGAUCCAGAGCAUCCCAAACAUGCUCAAUGGGUGACAUGUCUGGUGAGUAUGCAGGCCAUGGAAGAACUGGGACAUUUUCAGCAGCCAGAAAUUGUGUACAGAUCCUUACGACAUGGGGCCGUGCAUUAUCAUGCUGAAACAUGAGGUGAUGGCAGCAGAUGAAUGACACGACAAUGGGCCUCAGGAUCUCGUCAAGGUAUCUCUGUGCAUUCAAAUUGCCAUCGAUAAAAUGCAAUUGUGUUCAUUGUCCGUAGUUUAUGCCUACCCAUACCAUAACCCCACCGCCACCAUGGGGCACUCUUUUCACAACGUUGACAUCAGCAAACCGCUCGCCCACAUGACGCCAUACACGCUGUCUGCCAUCUGCCCGGUACAGUUGAAACCAGGAUUUAUCCAUGAAGAGCACACUUCUCCAGCGUGCCAGUGGACAUUGAAAGUGAGCAUUUGCCCAUUGUAGUCGGUUAUUACGCCGAACUGCAGUCACGUCAAGACCCUGGUGAGGACGAUGAGCACGCAGAUGCGCUUCCCUGAGACGGUUUCUGACAGUUUGUGCAGAAAUUCUUUGGUUGUGCAAACCCACAGUUUCAUCAGAUCAUCCCGCAGGUGAAGAAGCCGGAUGUGGAAGUCCUGGGCUGGCGUGGUUACACAUGGUCUGCGGUUGUGAGGCCGGUUGAACGUACUGCCAAAUUCUCUAAAACGACGUUGGAGUCGGCUUAUGGUAGAGACAUGAACAUUCUAUUCUCUGGCAACAGCUCUGGUGGACAUUCCUCUAGUCAGCAUGCCAAUUGCAUGCCAAUUGCACGCUUGAUAUGCCACUUCUGUCAGUUGGAUGGAUUAUCUUGGCAAAGGAGUAAUGCUCACUAACAGGAAUGUAAACAGAUUUGUGCACACCAUUUGAGGGAAAUAAGCUUUUUGUGCAUAUGGAAAAUUUCUGGAAUCUUUUUUUCAGCUCAUGAAACACGCAACCACCACUUUACAUGUUGCGUUUAUAUUUUUGUUCAGUGUAAUAUAUACAGUGGGGAGAACAAGUAUUUGAUACACUGCCGAUUUUGCAGGUUUUCCUACUUACAAAGCAUGUAGAGGUCUGUAAUUUUUAUCAUAGGUACACUUCAACUGUGAGAGACAGAAUCUAAAACACAAAUCCAGAAAAUCACAUUGUAUGAUUUUUAAGUAAUUAAUUUGCAUUUUAUUGCAUGACAUAAGUAUUUGAUCACCUACCAACCAGUAAGAAUUCCAGCUCUCACAGACCUGUUAGUUUUUCUUUAAGAAGCCCUCCUGUUCGCCACUCAUUACCUGUAUUAACUGCACUUGUUUGAACUCGUUACCUGUAUAAAAGACACCUGUCCACACACUCAAUCAAACAGACUCCAACCUCUCCACAAUGGCCAAGACCAGAGAGCUGUGUAAAGACAUCAGGGAUAAAAUUGUAGACCUGCACAAGGCUGGGAUGGGCUACAGGAUAAUAGGCAAGCAGCUUGGUGGGAAGGCAACAACUGUUGGCGCAAUUAUUAGAAAAUGGAAGAAGUUCAAGAUGACGGUCAAUCACCCUCGGUCUGGGGCUCCAUGCAAGAUCUCACCUCGUGGGGCAUCAAUGAUCAUGAGGAAGGUGAGGGAUCAGCCCAGAACUACACGGCAGGACCUGGUCAAUGACCUGAAGAGAGCUGGGACCACAGUCUCAAAGAAAACCAUUAGUAACACACUACGCCGUCAUGGAUUAAAAUCCUGCAGCGCAUGCAAGGUCCCCCUGCUCAAGCCAGCGCAUGUCCAGGCCCGUCUGAAGUUUGCCAAUGACCAUCUGGAUGAUCCAAAGGAGGAAUGGGAGAAGGUCAUGUGGUCUGAUGAGACCAAAUUAAAGCUUUUUGGUCUAAACUCCACUCGCCGUAUUUGGAGGAAGAAGAACGACGAGUCCAACCCCAAGAACACCAUCCCAACCGUGAAGCAUGGAGGUGGAAACAUCAUUCUUUGGGGAUGCUUUUCUGCAAAGGGGACAGGACGACUGCACUGUAUUGAGGGGAGGAUGGAUGGGGCCAUGUAUCGUGAGAUCUUGGCCAACAACCUCCUUCCCUCAGUAAGAGCAUUGAAGAUGGGUCGUGGCUGGGUCUUCCAGCAUGACAACGACCCGAAACACACAGCCAGGGCAACUAAGGAGUGGCUCCGUAAGAAGCAUCUCAAGGUCCUGGAGUGGCCUAGCCAGUCUCCAGACCUGAACCCAAUACAAAAUCUUUGGAGGGAGCUGAAAGUCCGUAUUGCCCAGUGACAGACCCAAAACCUGAAGGAUCUGGAGAAGGUCUGUAUGGAGGAGUGGGCCAAAAUCCCUGCUGCAGUGUGUGCAAACCUGGUCAAGACCUACAGGAAACGUAUGAUCUCUGUAAUUGCAAACAAAGGUUUCUGUACCAAAUAUUAAGUUCUGCUUUUCUGAUGUAUCAAAUACUUACGUCAUGCCAUAAAAUGCAAAUUAAUUACUUAAAAAUCAUACAAUGUGAUUUUCUGGAUUUUUGUUUUAGAUUCCGUCUCUCACAGUUGAAGUGUACCUAUGAUAAAAAUGACAGACCUCUACAUGCUUUGUAAGUAGGAAAACCUGCAAAAUCGGCAGUGUAUCAAAUACUUGUUCUCCCCACUGUAUAUACAGUGAGGGAAAAAAGUAUUUGAUCCCCUGCUGAUUUUGUACGUUUGCCCACUGACAAAGAAAUGAUCAGUCUAUAAUUUUAAUGGUAGGUUUAUUUGAACAGUGAGAGACAGAAUAACAACAAAAAAAUCCAGAAAAACGCAUGUAAAAAAUGUUAUAAAUUGAUUUGCAUUUGAAUGAGGGAAAUAAUUAUUUGACCCCUCUGCAAAACAUGACUUAGUACUUGGUGGCAAAAACCCUUGUUGGCAAUCACAGUGGUCAGACGUUUCUUGUAGUUGGCCACCAGGUUUGCACACAUCUCAGGAGUGAUUUUGUCCCACUCCUCUUUGCAGAUCUUCUCCAAGUCAUUAAGGUUUCGAGGCUGGCGUUUGGCAACUCGAACCUUCAGCUCCCUCCACAGAUUUUCUAUGGGAUUAAGGUCUGGAGACUGGCUAGGCCACUCCAGGACCUUAAUGUGCUUCUUCUUGAGCCACUCCUUUGUUGCCUUGGCCGUGUGUUUUGGGUCACUGUCAUGCUGGAAUACCCAUCCACGACUCAUUUUCAAUCCCCUGGCUGAGGGAAGGAGGUUCUCACCCAAGAUUUGACGGUACAUUGCCCCGUCCAUCGUCCCUUUGAUGCGGUGAAGUUGUCCUGUCCCCUUAGCAGAAAAACACCCCCAAAGCAUAAUGUUUCCACCUCCAUGUUUGACGGUGGGGAUGGUGUUCUUGGGGUCAUAGGCAGCAUUCCUCCUCCUCCAAACACGGCGAGUUGAGUUGAUGCCAAAGAGCUCCAUUUUGGUCUCAUCUGACCACAACACUUUCACCCAGUUCUCCUCUGAAUCAUUCAGAUGUUCAUUGGCAAACUUCAGACGGGCAUGUAUAUGUGCUUUCAUGAGCAGGGGACCUUGCGGGCGCUGCAGGAUUUCAGUCCUUCAUGGCGUAGUGUGUUACCAAUUGUUUUCUUGGUGACUAUGGUCCCAGCUGCCUUGAGAUCAUUGACAAGAUCCUCCCGUGUAGUUCUGGGCUGAUUCCUCAACAUUCUCAUGAUCAUUUCAACUCCACGAGAUGAGAUCUUGCAUGGAGCCCCAGGCCGAGGGAGAUUGACAGUUAUUUUGUGUUUCUUCCAUUUGCGAAUAAUCGCACCAACUGUUGUCACCUUCUCACCAAGCUGCUUGGUGAUGGUCUUGUAGCCCAUUCCAGCCUUGUGUAGGUCUACAAUCUUGUCCCUGACAUCCUUGGAGAGCUCUUUGGUCUUGGCCAUGGUGGAGAGUUUGGAAUCUGAUUGAUUGCUUCUGUGGACAGAUGUCUUUUAUACAGGUAACAAGCUGAGAUUAGGAGCACUCCCUUUAAGAGUGUGCUCCUAAUAUCAGCUUGUUACCUGUAUAAAAGACACCUGGGAGCCAGAAAUCUUUCUGAUUGAGAGGGGGUCAAAUACUUAUUUCCCUCAUUUAAAAUGCAAAUCAAUUUAUAACAUUUUUGACAUGCGUUUUUCUGGAUUUUUUUGUUGUUAUUCUGUCUCUCACUGUUCAAAUAAACCUACCAUUAAAAUUAUAGACUUAUCAUUUCUUUGUCAGUGGGCAAACGUACAAAAUCAGCAGGGGAUCUAAUACUUUUUUCCCUCACUGUGUGUAUAUAUAUAUAUAUAUAUAUAUAUAUAUAUAUAUAUAUAUACAAAAGUAUGUGGACAUCCAUUCAAAUUAGUGGAUUCUGCUAUUUCAGCCACACCCAUUGCUGACAGGUGUAUUGAAUAGCUCAGUUACUUUCAACGUGGCAUCGUCAUAGGAUGCCACCUUUCCAACAAGUCAGUUCGUCCAAUCUUUGCCCUGUUAAAGCUGCCCUGGUCAACUGUAAGUGCUGUUAUUGUGAAGUGGAAAUGUCUAGGAGCAACAACGGCUCAGCCGCAAAGUGGUAGGCCACACAAAGCUCACAGAACGGGACCGCCGAGUGCUGAAGCGCGUAGCGCGUAACAAUCGUCUGUCCUCUGUUGCAACGCUCACUACCGAGUUCCAAACUGCCUCUGGAAAUAGCACAAGAACUGUUACCACAAGAACUGUUAGUCGGGAGCUUCAUGAAAUGGGUUUCCAUGGCCGAGCAGCCGCACACAAGCCUAAGAUCACCAUGCGCAAUGCCAAGCGUCGGCUGGAGUGGUGUAAAGCUAGCCGCCAUUGAACUCUGGAGCAGUGGAAACGCGUUCUCUGGAGUGAUGAAUCACACUUCACCAUCUGGCAGUCCGACAGACGAAUCUGGGUUUGGCUGAUGCCAGGAGAAUGCUACCUGCCCCAAUGCAUUGUGCCAACUGUAAAGUUUGGUGGAGGAGGAAUAAUGGACUGGGGCUGUUUUUCAUGGUUCGGUCUAGGCCCCUUGGUUCUAGUGAAGGGAAAUCUUAAUCCUACAGCAUACAAUGGUAUUCUAGACGAUUCUGUGCUUCCAACUUUGGGGAAGGCCCUUUCUUGUUUCAGCAUGACAAUGCCCCCGUGCACAAAGCGAGGUCCAUACAGAAAUGAUUUGUCAAGAUCGGUGUGGAAGAACUUGACUGGCCUGCACAGAGCCCUGACCUCAUCCCCAUUGGAACGACGAGUGCGAGCCAGGCCUAACUGGCCAACAUCAGUGCCCGACCUCACUUAUGCCCUUGUGGCUGAAUGGAAGCAAGUCCCCUUAGCAAUGUUCCAACAUGUAGUGGAAAGCCUUCCCAGAAGAGUGGAGGCUGUUAUAGCAGCAAAGGGGGGACCAACUCCAUAUUAAUGCGCAUGAUUUUGGAAUGAGACGUUCUACGAGCAGGUGUCCACAUAAUUUUGGUCAUGUAGUGUGUGUGAGUUUGUGUUUGCGUUUGUGUGUGUGCAUGAGCGUGUGUGUCUCCUAGUCUCCUGGACACACAUUGGAAUUCUGACCUUUUAAACAAAGCAGCCCUCCCUCCCUCCUUCACCUCCUGCCUCUCUUUCAACAGGCUGUUUGGAGAGACAGCUCCCUGGCUGUCAUUGAAAAACCCCUCUGUUAUCCAUUAAGUCUGGUGACAUGAACGUAGAGUUUGUGUGGGACUAGGAGUAGCAGCCUGCCCUGUAGCUCUGAGAUGGAGAGAGAUGCCCUUAUUUGAACUAAUUCUCUCCUCCCUACACACACAUACUGUACACACAGUGUCUCUCACUAUGGCUACAAAUGUAAAAAAAUGUUUUACCUGCUGUUCCUUGGCAGGGUUUGUGCAAUAUUGGCUCCGAUUGGGCCACACACACACACACGCACACACACAUGCACACGCACACACACACUCAGUGCAGGGUCUGGCUGUGACUGUAGAGUGUGCAUCUCUGUUGAUACAGUAUGUGUUAAUUCAGGACAGAUGGGAGGGCGCUUCUCCCUGUUUCUCAAAACACAGCAUCUAGAUUUUCCUUCUCCGCCUGAGGCUAUGGUGGGCAGAGAUGGACCAACAAACACACCAGAGGUUACUGUGGGAACUGACCUGAGAAUCCAUAUGUGUGUACGUGCCUGUAUGUGUGUGAGGGAAUGUGUGAUCUCAGCUCUCCUCACUCAUUUCCCCCCACCCUGAUCUCCAAACCCUGAAUACAGCCUCCUGCUGGGUGUGUUGUGUCAGAGAGAAACUAUUCUUUCUGUACGAUGGGUGAUGAAUGUACUUCAGCCGUGGUGUGGCUGCUGAUAAAACCUUGCCAAGAGGGUUCUACACUGUGUUCAUUGUGACGUUACUCUAUGACCUGUUCUUUCCCCUUUUAGAAAAGAGAAGAAUAAUACUCAUGAUAACACUCUGGGCACCUUUCUCACCGCUCUCUCCUCUCAGCAACAUGGCCAAUGCCCUGGCCAAUGCGAUGUGUGAGCGCUGUAAGAGUGGCUUUGCCCCGGCGGAGAAGAUCGUCAACAGUAACGGGGAGCUGUACCAUGAGGGGUGCUUCGUCUGUGCUCAGUGCUUCCAACAGUUCCCUGAAGGUCUCUUCUAUGAGGUGACAUUCUCUUACUAUACCCCUGUCAACAUCAUACCCUCUCUCUUCCCUCUCCCUCUCACCAUCAUACUGUAUCUUUCCUCUCACCAUCAGACCCUCUCUCUUUCCUCUCCCUCUCAACAUCAUACUGUCUCUUCUCUCUCCCUCUCACCAUCAGACCUUCUCUCUUUCCUCUCCCUCUCAACAUCAUACUGUCUCUUUCCUCUCCCUCUCACCAUCAGACCCUCUCUCUUUCCUCUCCCUCUCACCAUCAGACCCUCUCUCUUUCCUCUCCCUCUCACCAUCAGACCCUCUCUCUUUCCUCUCCCUCUCACCAUCAGACCCUCUCUCUUUCCUCUCCCUUUCAACAUCAGACCCUCUCUCUUUCCUCUCACUCUCACCAUCAUACGGUCUCUUCCCUCUCCCUCUCACCAUCAUACUGUCUCUUCCCUCUCACCAUCAGACCCUCUCUCUUUCCUCUCCCUCUCAACAUCAGACCCUCUCUCUUUUCUCUCCCUCUCAACAUCAUACCCUCUCUCUUUCCUCUCCCUCUCACCAUCAGACCCUCUCUCUUUCCUCUCCCUCUCACCAUCAGACCCUCUCUCUUUUCUCUCCCUCUCAACAUCAGACCCUCUCUCUUUCCUCUCACUCUCACCAUCAUACGGUCUCUUUCCACUCCCUCUCACCAUCAUACUGUCUCUUCCCUCUCACCAUCAGACCCUCUCUCUUUCCUCUCCCUCUCAACAUCAUACCCUCUCUCUUUCCUCUCACUCUCACCAUCAUAUGGUCUCGUUCCUCUCCCUCUCAACAUCAUACGGUCUCUUUCCUCUCACUCUCAACAUCAGACCCUCUCUCUUUCCUCUCCCUCUCAACAUCAUACUGUCUCUUUCCUCUCCCUCUCAACAUCAGACCCUCUCUCUUUCCUCUCCCUCUCAACAUCAUACUGUCUCUUUCCUCUCCCUCUCAACAUCAGACCCUCUCUUUUCCCCCUCACCAUCAUACUGUCUUUGCCCUCUCACCAUCAGACCCUCUCUCCACUCUUCCGCUCUACCUCACCCAUCUCAUCCUAUACAUUGUCCAGCCUGAAAUAAACCCUAAGCCCCUUGUCCUAGAGACAAUUAUUGCUUUAGCCUCCCUCCUGUCACAAAUUCGAUAUUAGGUAUAGUGUAUUAGCUGGAUCGACUCCCAAACUCACAGCACUCCUCCCAAUGCAUUACUGGCCCAUUAGAGGCUUGUCUCUGGUGAGAUAUCCCUCUCUCUGUCUGGCUGGUCAGUGGCCAGCAGAAUAGACAGGAGGCCAGACACAUCUCCAACUGACCCUAGGGAUCCCAGAGCUCUUCCCUGAAAGGGAGAUCAAAGCCACAGACAGAUCUGUAGAGGUAUAGGUGUAUCUAUGGCUACUGUAUGUUCUAAUCAAUGACAUGCUUAUGUUCUGUAUUGAUUGAUCCAGAAGCGUAUAGACUGUAACUACUAAAAUAAGUGUAUUUUCUGACUAUAAGACAAUAGUUGCCUGCCCAGCUGGCCCAUCCAAACUACACCUAAACUUUAUUGAAACAAACUUUUUUUCUGCAGUUUGAGGGCAGGAAGUACUGCGAGCACGACUUCCAGAUGCUGUUUGCUCCCUGCUGCCACCAGUGUGGUGAGUACAGGAACUGCACCUACAUAGCAGCACGAGAUUCGGUUUUUAUUUAGUCACAUGCACAGGGUCGCAGAUGUAGUUGCAGUGUACAGUGAAAUUCUUAAGCUCCGAGCUCCAACAGUGCAGGUGUGAAUGAAACAAUAAAAUAAUAGUAAUAUAUACAGUACAUAUAUACAGUUGAAGUCGGAAGUAUACAUACACCUUAGCCAAAUACAUUUAAACUCAGUUUUUUCACAAUUGCUGACAUUUAAUCCUAGUAAAAAUUCAGUGUUUUAGUUCAGUUAGGAUCACCACUUUAUUUUAAGAAUGUGAAAUGUCAGAAUAAUAGUAGAGAGAAUGAUUUAUUUCAGCUUUUAUUUCUUUCAUCAUAUUCCCAGUGGGUCAGAAGUUUACAUACACUCAAUUAGUAUUUGAUAGCAUUGCCUUUAAAUUGUUUAACUUGGGUCAAACGUUUCGGGUAGCCUUCCACAAGCUUCCCACAAUAAGUGAAUUUUGGCCCAUUCCUCACUUCAACUGCAACAACUGCGGGUACACAUGCAAACAAUAUAGAAACAACCAGUGGUGGAAAAAGUACCCAAUUGUCAUACUUGAGUAAAAGUAAAGAUACCUUCAUAGAAAAUGACUCAAGUAAAAGUGAAAGACACCCAGUAAAAUACUACUUGAGUAAAAGUCUAAAAGUAUUUGGUUAUAAAUAUACUUAAGUAUCAAAAGUAAAUGUAAUUGCUCAAAUAUAUAAAGCAUAAAAGUAAAAGUAUAAAUUAUUUCAAAUUCCUUAUAUUAAGCAAACCAGAUGGCACAAUUCUCUUGUUGUUUUAAAUUUACGGCUAGCCAGGGGCACACUCCAACACUCAGACAUCAUUUACAAAGGAAGCAUGUGUGUUAAGUGAGUCUGCCAGAUCAGAGGCAGUAGGGAUGACCAGGGAUGUUCUCUUGAUAAGUGUGUAUUGGACCAUUUUCCUGUCAUGCUAAGCAUUCAAAAUGUAACGAGUACUUUUGAGUGUCAGGGAAAAUGUAUUUGUGGAGUGGUUGAAAAACGAGUUUUAAUGACUCCAACCUAAGUAUGUAAACUUCCGACUUCAACUGCAAACAUCUUAGUGUUUUGUUGUGUGAAGGUCAUGUUUGGUCUCCUUUAACCCUGCUUCCUUCACCUUGAGCUCUAAACACAACUGUGUAGACUUCUACCGUCAAUUGCUUUUGCUUGAGUUUUUUCUCUAUAUAUAUUAACUAGGGCCGGGACGGUACCAGUAUUGCAAUAUGUUUUUCCAUGGCAAAAAAGACAACAUGAAGCAGACCCACGAAGCAGACCAAACUCUUUGGUCAUUUAAAAACCUGCUGUAUAUAAAAUAUUGUGUGCUUUAGCUUGGAAAACAGAAUGUGACUCUGGAUGACAACAUAAUGAUGUUUGUUUCCAACAUUAGGGCUGUUUUCCUAAAGAAAUUAAAUCCACUUCAUAUUUUGUUUCCUUGCCAAGAUACUAACGUGUAUUGCGAUACUGGUAUCGUCCCGGCCCUAACAUUAACAUGUGUGUGCAGGGGGGAUGUUAUAGUCUUGCCAGUGUGUUGUCCCUGACUUCCUUCUUCUCUUCCUCCUCCCAGGGGAGUUUAUCAUUGGUCGUGUGAUCAAGGCGAUGAACAACAGUUGGCACCCUGACUGUUUCUGCUGUGACCUCUGCCAGGCCGUGCUGGCUGACGUGGGCUUCGUCAAGAACGCCGGCAGGUCAGUCCAGAGACCUGGGCUGGAUCACUGAUCAGCCAUUACUGAUCUAACACCGGGGGACAGCAACUUUUCCACUUCAUAGCUUUUAGAAAGCAAGGAGAAAUCACACACACUGUUUACACCCCACAAUAGUUUUAAUGUAGCCAGUAGCGGUGCGUGGGUAUAAUCACUGGAGAAGCCAAGCCAGAAAAAAAAGACAUAUUGCAACCUAUGUGUUGUGAUAAUUGCAUUGUUUGCUCUAUAACCUCUUAGUUCAUAUGCCUUGUGACCGUGAUAUAUAGGUCUAAGGCCGAGACAAUAAGAAGACACAGUGGCAGAAUAAAUUCAACCCACACCUUUGUUUUAUCACAAAACCGGAGAGCAACCUCUGUCCGGUGAAGUCCACAAAGCAUAUUGCAUGUAACAAACAGUUACAUGACCUACAGCAUGGUCAAGUAAGUUAAUGUUUCCGAUAUAUUCAGACCACUAAACAACUAUUGAUUUAGAACCACAGAGAGUUACCGCAAGUUGCAAAGAAAACAUGAGCUGCCUCCACUAUUCCAGCACCAUUUCAUCUUCAACAUUUCAACAUCAUCAAAUCACCUAUGCUUAGUCUAAUACCGUGACAACUAAAAGAUACCAAAAAAUAUUUAGCCCAAUCAACGUAACCUAAAUAUGAUGUGGCUGUCCAUGGUUCUGAUUUCUGUGUGUGUGUACGUGCGCAUUCAUGCAAGUAAAAAAAACAUGUUGACUCACCCUAUUUGUAGGGAAACGCCAAUGCCAUCAUCCUCUCUAAACGGUCUAUCACUCUGUCAUACAGUACACGCUUUCAUUUUUUUGUUGUCCUAGGCUACCUGGCUAAAAGUCUUGCUCGCUAGCCUAACUUCCUUUCAUGGGCAACAGUUAGCUAGUUAACAUUAGCCUUCUACAUAUAGCAACAUAUUGAACUUCCAUCCUCUCAGGCCAGGGGCACAAUGUAUGAAUUUAUGCUUGGAUCAGAAUUGCUAUUAUAAUCAUUGGCCAGUACAGAGAAUUAAGUAAAACCACAAGUCGAAAUUCCUAUCUCCGUACAUGGCUAAUUUAGGAAAGGGCCAAUUUUACCUAGCUAGCCACCGGAGGACAACAACACAACGAGAUGCACAACGAGUUUCUGUCAGUGACGUAUGCCUUCGAUGCGAUGUGAUUGGUGUGAAGCCAAAUCCAAACUAGCUUCCCUUGACACUUUUUUUGGUCCGCCAGCACCAUUCACAGUUGAGCUCACUCAGUUUAGCUCAACGCUGAUUGGCUAUUAUUCUAUUUAUUUUUUAUCAAGGGAGGCCGAGUGCUCGCUUUGGGCGGCAACAAUGUCAUACUCUUUAGGACCAGACAGCAUCAGAUAGAUGGCCUACACAUACAGAGACAGAGGGGCGCUGUUUCGCUCGCUCGGAUGCCUUCUCUGGUGAGAUACAUUGUCUCCUGCGAAUUGAAGGAUAAUUAUGAGACACAGAGAGAUGAAAGAUAAAUUAUUUUCAAGUUUUUUUUAUUUAUUUAUUUGUCCAUUUCUUGAGGAAGCCUGGCUUCCCUUGGCAUCCAUGAAUACGCCACUGAAUGUAGCAACAUUAUUUCAGCCUCUGGGUCAGGCUGAUCUCAUUCUUUAUUAACAUGUAUCUCUCUCCCUCAGACACCUGUGUCGCCCGUGUCAUAACCGUGAGAAGGCCCGUGGUCUGGGGAAGUACAUCUGUCAGAAGUGUCACGCCAUCAUUGAGGAGCAGCCGCUGCUGUUCAAGAACGACCCCUACCACCCCGAUCACUUCAACUGCAACAACUGCGGGUACACAUGCAAACAAUAUAGAAACAACCAGUGGUGGAAAAAGUACCCAAUUGUCAUACUUGAGUAAAAGUAAAGAUACCUUCAUAGAAAAUGACUCAAGUAAAAGUGAAAGACACCCAGUAAAAUACUACUUGAGUAAAAGUCUAAAAGUAUUUGGUUUUAAAUAUACUUAAGUAUCAAAAGUAAAUGUAAUUGCUCAAAUAUAUUUAAGCAUAAAAGUAAAAGUAUAAAUUAUUUCAAAUUCCUUAUAUUAAGCAAACCAGAUGGCACAAUUCUCUUGUUGUUUUAAAUUUACGGCUAGCCAGGGGCACACUCCAACACUCAGACAUCAUUUACAAAGGAAGCAUGUGUGUUUAGUGAGUCUGCCAGAUCAGAGGCAGUAGGGAUGACCAGGGAUGUUCUCUUGAUAAGUGCGUGAAUUGGACAAUUUUCCUGUCCUGCUAAGCAUUCAAAAUGUAACGAGUGCUUUUGAGUGUCAGGGAAAAUGUAUGAAGUAAAAAGCGCAUUAUUUUCUUUAGGAAUGUAGUGAAGUAAAAGUUGUCAAAAAUAUCAAUGGUAAAGUAAAGUACAGAUACACCAAAAAAUGACUUAAGUAGUACUUUAAAGUAUUUUUACUUAAGUACUUUACACCACUGGAAACAACUCCGCAAACUUUAUAUACAACCACUACACAACCGAAACACUAUAUUUAUACAACCUGCAUACAACCUAAACACAACCACUGCUAAAUCACCACACAAACUUAACACACCCGUUACACAAACCUAGUGGUCUGUAUACAACCACUAACAUAUCUUUACUCAACUUCUACACAACCUAGUAUAAACACAACUUUUACACUAACCUCUAUGCAACCUAUACACGUACUGUAGCCUGUCAGUGGUUGAAACUGAAGAGCUGUUAUAGACAGGGUUUGUUCUCUGUAGCAGGGUGGGCCUCCUCAGGGUUGGGUUCACUAGAGUUUACCCCUGUACAAGUCAGCCAAAGGAGAAAAGAGAGGGAGGAAGCUCAGGGAGAGAGGGAGGAGGAGGAAGAGAGCAGAGGUAGGAGGUGGAAGAGGAAGAUAUCAGGGAGAGAGUGAGUGACGAUAGAAGAAUGAUUAUCUGAGUAGCUCUUUUAGAUGGCAGUUGAGAGGCACCUCCAAUCUAACCAAACCUUUCCUGUAAGACUGUCUGUUCUUAAACAAACCUACAGUUGUCAGCCUGUCCCAUGCUUGAGGCAGAGGUUGUGAUAAUGAAUAUUCAGUCAGGAAGUCAGUGCAGGCGACUCAUUCCCCUAUGCAUCACUGACACUGGGUGUGUGUUUGUGUUUUGAAUACAGUGCACUUAUUAUCCCCUAAUAAGGUAGAACUCACCAAGACCAGGAAGCACAGAGGGGCACACUGUUGGCAGGAUGCUAAACAAAACAAGCUUAGCCAGCAUCCCACACAGACACACAUCCAAAAACACACACACACACAUUUGCACACACACACACACAUCAGGGAACACCAGAUUAGGCAAGGAGCUGACUCAGUGAUGACUCAUACUAACACAUUGAAUAUCACAGAUCGAGAAGAGAGGUGUGGUCAGCAGCAUUCCGCUGUUACAGUUCUUCACUACUCCAUUACUCAGGGGCUGCAAUAUCUACUGGUUUUAGAUUUUAUCACUUGCUUUUAGUCUUUAGUUUAGCUAUUCUAUCUGGGUAACCUGGUGUCUCAGGUCACUAACAUGAAUUGAUUGAUCACUGUCAGUAUUCAAAACUGAGCUAGCUAACACAAUAUUAAUGUUCUCCAAAACGAUGGAAAAGAGUGAUGGAGUUAGUUAUGAUGUAAUGGUCCCUCCUCUCCCCCUGUAGUAAGGAGCUGACGGCUGAUGCCAGGGAGCUGAAGGGAGAGCUGUACUGCCUGCCCUGCCAUGACAAGAUGGGUGUUCCCAUCUGUGGCGCCUGCAGGAGACCCAUCGAGGGCCGUGUGGUCAAUGCCAUGGGCAAGCAGUGGCACGUUGAGGUAUGAUGACAUCACUUAUACAAUAUGGACCUGUUCAGUAGUGAUGGGAAGUUCGGCUCUUUAUACUGACUCUGAUCUUUUCAACUCGUUAUAAGAACAAAUCUUUCGACUCAUUUCAUUCAUUUGAUUCAGUAAUGCCCAGACCAUGCAGGACCCCCUACCGGCGAACGAUGAAUUGAAAACUCAAAUGAGAAUCAUGAUUCUACAAGCCGCAACCGGACUAUAUUGUGAACGACACUUGACGGAAGGCAAUUAUUGAGUGCGCGAGGGAGAUGGGCACAAUAUCAUUCCCGUACUGCAGCAGCCCCUCGAACGAUUCAUUCUCGAGUUUGAGUUGUUGAGCAGAGGCAGGCUGUGUAUGUUUACAAAGCUGUGACCAUCAUAACAUUCAAUAAUCAAUGUAUUGCAUUAAUUCUUGCACUAUGCGAUCAAUUAUCAGUUCUAAACAUGCCUUUUUCUUCUCUAUGCUGCCUGCAGCAUGAUCUAUUUUCCUGCACGCACAUGAUAGACAGUUGUAGGUCGGAGCACAUCUCUGGAGUCGCAGAACCGGAGGAGUGUGUAUCAAUCCUGCUGUAGGAGUCAUUGCGGCCAGCAGGUCAAACGAAUGACAAAUGAACGAUUUACUCUGAAAAAUGAAUCAUCACUCUCCAGUCAGUACAAAUAGUUUAAAAAGAACAAAUCGUUCACGAAGAGCACAUCACUACUGUUCAGGAGGUUGCAACGUUAUGGAACAGAUCAUUCAGAUAGAAAUGUAUUGUAUAUGAUUAUAGUAUUUUGUAACAUGACAUGAUUAUUUCAAAGCAGAAUACUUUUUUUUUUUUUUUUUUUUUUUUUUUUUAAAGCAGAAUACUUUAUUAUCUUCGAUAUACACUGCUUUAUGUCUGUCAUUGUCUCUGAAUAACUAUAAUUCCUCAGAACAUCAAAGUAGAAAUGUAUUCAAGGGAGUUUGUAUGUGUAAUGAAUGUUAUUCUAGCCUCCUCUGUGGUGUUUCUACCCUGCUCUCAUAUCAUCUCUGUGGCCAUGUUUGGAUUAUCUCAGAAUGAAGGACAUCCUUCCUCUUUCUUUCCCUCUGCCACCCCUCUGUUCAUAUCUCUGCUGCCUUCUUUCCUCUCUACUUUUCUCCUACUUGCUAUCACUCCUCUCCCAUCCUCUUCCUACUCCUCUCCUCCCUCCCUCCUGCAGCACCAUGUGUGUGCUCUGUGUGAACGUCCGUUUCACGGCCACCUGUAUUAUGAGCGUGGGGACCAUGCCUACUGUGAAAAACACUUUAACAUGGUGAGGGGUUAGUUAGAGACUGAGAGGAGACCUGUGCUGGCUGCAUCCUGUCCUGCUCUGUGUCUGUGCUCCAUUCUGCCCCCUGGUGGAAUCUCCCUCACAGACACACAAGGCUCCUGUCUGUCUGUCUGUAGGGGUGAGUGCUUCACAGGGGUGCGCUCCUGCCCUGCUGCUGCCCUCUGAACCCACUAAUCUCAGACUAGACUAGACUGGAUUGGUCUGAACUGAGCUAGACGGAACUGGAUUGAACUGACCUGUGCUGUUCUGUCUGUACUAACCUGUUGUGUGGGGCCAUGUUGUGUGUGUGUUUGCAGCAUUUUGUGUGUGCUAAGUGUGAGAAACCCUUCCUGGGCCAUCGCCACUACGAACGCAAAGGACUGGCCUACUGUGAGACUCACUACAACCAGGUAACGUAGGGGAAGGCUGCACACACAGCCCAAGGGAAGAGAAGUCACACAAUCACAUCUCUACUCAGUAACUUAAUCCAAUCCAGGCACCUUAUUCUAUUUAUCUUUGAACAAAUCUUUGAACAUAAAUAAUUAACCUCCUGAGUGGCGCAGUGGUCUAAGGCACUGCAUCGCAGUGCUAGCUGUGCCACUAGAGAUCCUGGUUCGAAUCCAGGCUCUGUCGUAGCCGGCUGCGACCGGGAGACCCAUGGGACGGCGCACAAUUGGCGUCGUCCAGUGGAGGGGAGGGAAUGGCCGGCAGGGAUGUAGCUCAGUUGGUAGAGCAUGGCGUUUGCAACGCCAGGGUUGUGGGUUUGAUUCCGACGGGGGGCCAGUAUGAAAAAAAAUUAUAAUGUAUGCACUCACUAACUGUAAGACGCUCUGGAUAAGAGCGUCUGCUAAAUGACUAAAAUGUAAAAUGUAACAUGAAUAUGAGCCUGAAGAGAAUGAUUGCGUCUUGCUGUAUAUAAUGUGAGACCUCCAUUCUUGUUUAGUUUUAUGGGGCCAUCUAGUGGUAGAUGUAUAGUAUUUAUCUCUAUAUUAUUGGUGCUGAUGCAACAAAAUACUGUGGACAUUGUGAAGUAAAUUGCAUGGUUGUUUUGAAAAAUACAGUAAAGAAAUUGUCAUUUGUAAACAAGUGAAUUUUGAGGCUCUUGACUCCUCUCCUCUCCUACAGCUCUUUGGAGAUGUCUGCUAUCACUGCAACCGUGUCAUUGAGGGUGAUGGUAGGAUAUUAUAUUACAUAAUCUAAUAUCGUCAUAUUAAACACAUAUUGUAUGUCAUAUUAGUGUAUACAUUACUUGUUAUGAAAUGCGUGUUUGUGUUGUGUGUUCCAGUGGUGUCAGCCCUGAACAAGGCAUGGUGUGUCAACUGCUUCGCCUGCUCCACCUGCAACACCAAGCUCACCCUAAAGUAAGUCAGGCUGACUGCGUUAACACAACAAAAACAUCCUGUGUUCCCACAUUGUCUUACAUGGUUUUAGACUAUCUUUGAGACUAGGGUUUCUGAAGCAUUAGCACUGUCCUCUUCUGUCUCUAUCAUCUGUCUCUACAAUAUGUGUUCCACUGUACCUGUAGCUUUUCCAUCUACCUGUGUCAUCCUAUAUUCUCUCUGUCCCUCUGUUUCACUUGUCCCUGUUUGUCUGUCCAUAUCCUCCCUCCUCUCUCCUCUUCUCCUCCUCCCUCCUCUCUCCUCUUCUCCUCCUACCUCCUCUCUCCUUCUCCUCCCUCCUGGUCCUACCAGGGAUAAGUUUGUAGAGGUGGAUCUGAAGCCUGUGUGUAAACACUGCUACGAGCACCUGCCAGAUGACAUGAAGCGUCGUCUUGCCAAACAAGAAAAAGAAAAGAAGAAGAAAAUGCCCAUGUGUCUGUAAACCUCUGUCCUUCCUUUCUCCUCACUUCCACUUUCCAUUCAUUGGUUAGUUUUCAUCUCCUUUCAUUCUCUUUUUCCUGUGUUGUGAUUUUACUUUCAUGGUUUCGUGUUUCCUAUCUAUUUUUCAUCCGUCCAUUCUGACAAGUCAGUUAAGAGGGUUUUAGACACAGAGAUCAAAUAUGUGUUAAACAUAAACUUUGAGUCAUUCAUUUUUGAUUACUUCACAUUCACCAUCACUGUAAUUGAUCAGUUUUAGAGUAAGAAUAAUCAAGAGAAGUAGAGAUUAGCUACAGAUCAUAAAUAAUUACCGGUACAGGUUUGUAAAAUCGCCUAAGCUGUUCUUUGCAUCAGUGCCGGUUUCCCGUGCAGUGUUGACCAUAUUUAGAAACUCUGCAGGAAAUGGUUACUCUAUAUGGCCAUUUCUCAGCCAGACACACUCUUGGCUUAACAUAAUAACGUAACUCUGUAAUAAUCCGACCAGAAGUUCUCUCUGAUCAGUUGGUUGAGGCUAGAGGCAUGUACAGUACGGUAGUGUGUAUUUCCUCAGAUCAGUGUAAAGAGAAGGCUUUGUUCACCAGUUCCUGGUUUGUUUAUGGUUAAAACACUAAUCCUUUCCUGUCUCUGUGUACUGGAUGGUUGGCUGUGUGACUGGCUGUCUGAUUUUUACAGGCCCCAAUGUGUUUCACAUGUGCUCUCGCUGCUAAAGCCUAAACACUGUAGAGUUGAAUAUGCUCAAAGGACCUCUUUCCAGGAGCAGGAGGGAGAGGGGGAAAGAACAUGAGGGAGAGAUGGAGUGGGGGAGAGGGAGCAGGAGGGAAAGAGAGGGUGCAGGAGGGAAAGAGAGGAAGCAGGAGGGAAAGUAGUGCUUGAGUGUAGGACUCUUGAUAUAGAUGAAUGAAAGUCAGAACCCUGCUCAUACAGUAUCUUUGACUCUGCCUUACAGGAACAAGUUUGUGGAGUUUGACAUGAAGCCGGUGUGUAAGAAGUGUUACGAGAAGUUUCCUCUGGAACUUAAGAAGAGGCUGAAGAAGCUGGCGGAGACCGUGGGCCGGAAGUAG